CAUCGGAAAAAAUCGAAACCAAAUCUGUUAACAUCACACUCAAAGAUGAAGUCGACAGAAUUUGAGAGAAGAACAAACACAAGAAGCAAUCCAUAAAUUAUAUGAGACCUCAACAACGGGAAAUAUCGCCCCGAUAUUGUCAUCAUCAUGGAUAGCACUUCAAAAGAGGAGUCAUCUUCGACGAAUGCCGAAACAACAAAAGCUUCAGGCAGUCAAAGCAACGCUCAAACGCCCACGAGCAAGCCGAAAAGUAAUGUGUCAAAAUCUGGUACAACCCUUGACGAUGCCAACGAAGAACUCUCUCAAUUGAUCAUAUCGGGUAAGAUCAAGUCCGAUGAUGUCCGUUGCCUUAAAGCCUCUUUGAAGGAGCAUGUUUCCCUGAAAGAAAAGGUAGAGAAAUUGAAAUCCUUAUUGGGUCGUUCUGCAAAAGCCCAACGGGAGGCAAAGGUCGAUUCGGAGACUGCUCAAAAACGAUUGGGACAAGCAAUGAAAGAGAUCGAACGACUGAAUAAAAAACUAGACAAACUUCAGACUCGGCCGACUCAUAUGGAUCUUCUCAUGGAUUUUGAAACAAACUUCGAUAAGGCUUUGCUUAGUGUUGGACAAUCGGGUGGACAAGAAACUUCCGACGCUGAGCCGACAACCCAAGCUAUGGAAUCAUCGGAUCUUGAUACAAUGGAUGAUAUGUUGAUGCAAGAAUUGGGUGAAGCAAAAAACAGAAUCGAGAAGUUGGAAACUUUGAAUACUGCAAUGAUGUCGCGUUCAUCUCAGUUGGAAGAAAGUGCCAAAGUGUUGCAAAAGGAACGUGACGAGGCUCGAAAUUCGAGCAAGCGACUGCAAAUGGAACUUCGAAUGGCAAAUCUGGAAGCAGAACAAGCUAAUCGGGCCAUGAUAGAUAAGGUAGCAUCUCUAGAAGAAAUGCAAAUGGAGAUCGACUUGGUAACAAAAGCAAACGCGAAGGCAAACGUAAGAGCUGCGAAGGGGGAAGAGGCCGCCAACUCACUUAAGUCAGACAAAAAUCACAUUCAACAACUUGAAUCUCAGGUACAAGCCUUGAAAGAAUGGGCCCUGGCGAGCGCCGAAGCGAAACAACUUAUGCAUGAACGCUGCAGAAUUCUUGAAGGGAAAUUAAAACUACAACAAGGAAAAAAUGUUGGGAAUGAGAAAAGCAACGCUGAAAAACUCUUGUUUACAAAAACAGGCUCAAUGGUCAUCGGCGCUGGUGCCAACCACCCUGUUCAUCUUUCGCUUGGGGAGCACGCCACGACUGUGGAUUCCCGUUUUGUCAUUCUACGAUGGAAAUUUGAUUCCUCGCCUUCGGAUAUGACCGUCGACUUCAAUAUAAUGAAAGGCACGUGUACAACGUCGUCGGAAUAUGCAAAGGCAGAUUAUCUUAUCAAAGGUAGAAUGAUUCAGGGAGGAGCUGGCGGCGAAACUGAAGGCGCUUUUAACACUGAUUCGGCGUGUACUAUUCUAUGGUCGAAUGCAAAAUCCUGGAUUCGACCGGUGACGGUAAAAUAUUCGAUUGGUGUUGUUGCUCUCAAGUAGCGCAAUUUGUAAAGACAAAGUUUUUGAAAUUGAAACUUUGAUUAACUCGUUGACAAUUUUUAGUAUUAUCACUACAACAUAAUUUUGAACUUUAAUUGAGUCGAUGGAUUACUCCAUCUCGCCUCUGGCAGCCUUCGAUCGAUCCUUUGUCCAGGAAGUACCUCCGACCGAACUGAUGCAAGGAGCUUGGCCAAUGUAUGGAAAGUCUUCUACACGGACGGCGUCCAAGCAAAAUUGGGCAACAUCAGCGCGGGGAAUCGAUCCAGCUUCGCCGUCGAUAACAUUGAUGACACCCGUAGGUGCGUCCACUGUCAAGCCUCCGGGACGGACAAUGCAGUAUUCGAGGCCGGAAUUCAUGGUUGCUGCCUCCUGAUUAUUUUUGUCCAAAAAGAUCUUCUUCAUAGCAGUCCACAUCAAGACUUUGAAGAAAAAUGGUGCCUGAUUCUCGGAGUCUCCGGCGCCGAUACUUGUCACCACGGCAACUCUCUUGACACCCUUUUCCUUCAUAGCAGCGAUAAUGUUAUUCGUUCCAUCCGUAAGCAUGGUUUCACCAACCUCGGAUGUCUUUCCACCAAGAGCUACGAUGACACCGUCCACAUCGCCUUCGAAAACCUUGUCGACGUCACUUUUCUUGGUGACAUCCCCAGCAAUCAUUGUCAGAUUCUCGUUCGUCAGUGGAUUGCCAGCGCUAUCUCCUCCGCUGCCUGCGGGAACCUUUAGGUUUGAGGGGUUUCGUGUCAAACCGAUAACUUUGUCGCCUUCGUUAAGAGCUUGAAAGACUGCUUCGGAUCCGGUCAACCCGGAUGCACCAAAGACGGCAAUGGUUUUCAUGCAAAGAGCAGUUUCACUUGCUCGAGCACACAGAUUGUCGGCCAUCAAUUGCCCACGACCGGCACCAAUGAAAGUGGAUCGUUGGAAUGCAUCGGUGGUCGAUAGACCUGCAAGUGCAGCGAAAGGUAGGAAGGAAAACUUCAUUUUGCUUCGAGAUGACUGGGUUGAGUUGUGAAACGAGAAUUGUGAAAGUUGCAGUUCUCGAAACUGACAUCGCAAGCUAUGAAUCGUAUUGGUUCAUCUGUUCAGCUGGAACGAAAAAAACGACGCAACAGGGCGAGUCAGUUUGGUACCAGCCAUUAGUGUACUGUAAACUGCCGUACAGUAGACAGGAGACAAGAAAAGAUCUUUUUCAUAGAGCAAACAAGGUACGGUACUUGGGUACCGUAUGGUGUACCGAUAGGAGUCAGCCAUCAGUCAUCACUCAUCACUCACAUCAAAUAAGUUCCAUACGGUACCUGGUACGUACCGGCACGUACCGUACGUACGGACCACUUACACGGAACAAUUCAUACUCGUACGAACCGGUACCGUAUGCAAUACAGUAUGCAAUUACUG